AUGGACGCGAAGAGUAAAGAACGUGGCAUCUUAAAACUGGAUCCCCGGCCGAGGGUCGUCAUCGAAAUCCCAAAAUCGGAGCUCACUCCUCAGGCCUCCUGUGACCACCCACCGUCGUCUCCGCAGCCGUCGGUGGAUCGGUUGUCGGUGACGUGGGCUGACCCUGGAAGUAUGUCAUCAUCAGGCGUCAACCUGUUCCACCUACCUUCCGAGACACCUGUCAGCAAUGAAGUCAAGUUUUCGCCAAAUACUGGAGAUGGCUCCGAAGACGAAGACUACUCAGCAAGUCUAAGCGCAGUACUCCGCCAACGAAGGGCAAGCGUAAGGAGAUCUCGUAAGGGCAGAGCCAGGCGUCCGUCUUCGCCAUUCCUUGCAGAUGAGAACAGACCUAGAAGAAGGUCUUCUGUAUUUACUACAAGUUCUGGGGACACAGCAAUAUCAAUGGACGACGGUCAGCUAGCAGUGGUGACUCAGGAGCAAAUAUUCGAGAACAUUCAUCUGCACAAAGAAGUGCUGGGCUCCGUGAAGCAACAACCCCUUGGGAUGAGGAGGAAACUCAAGAUUGUUCAUCAGGCCAAAGCGUAUAUCAAGCGUCAUGAAGGACAACUGCAAGAGAGACUGGCACAGUCUAAAAGCACCCGAGACAUCUACGCUAGAUUCAACAUUCUAUUAAAUUCUUACUGGCAGCAAAUAAAACGCGAGGCGGCCAACACUUCAAACUUGCUGAUCCCAUGGGAGCUGAGGAUCAAGGAGAUUGAGUCUCACUUCGGUUCCGUGGUCGCUUCCUACUUCACGUUUCUGCGUUGGCUGUUCUGGGUGAACCUGGUUAUUGGAUUCAUAUUGCUAGUCUUUGUUAUAGUGCCUGAGUAUUUAACAGCUAAUCCACAACAAGAUGGUGAAAGAAAAAUUAUAAUGGACGAGGAGAAACGAAAUGCGUCGAAUCUUUUGACUUUAUGGGAAUUCGAGGGAGUUCUGAAAUGCUCACCGAUCUUUUAUGGGUACUACAGCAAUGUAGAGAGAGCUCAGUAUCGCAUGCCACUUGCAUACUUCUUGACAGGACUCGCAGUGUACAUUUAUAGCUUCGUCGCCAUACUCAGGAAGAUGGCUGAGAAUUCCCGAAUGUCAAAGCUGUCUGAAAAAGAAGACGAAUGCAUAUUCUCGUGGAAAUUGUUCACCGGUUGGGAUUUCAUGAUCGGUAAUACAGAAACAGCACAUAAUCGUAUAGCUUCAGUAAUAUUGGGUUUCAAAGAAGCACUGCUUGAAGAAGCCGAAAAGAAAAAGGAUUUAAGGAACUGGCGCAUAAUAUCACUUCGUGCUCUGGUCAACAUAUGUGUUGUUAUACUGCUAGCAGUGUCGGCAUAUGCCGUGGUUACAGUCGUGUCUCGCUCUGAUGACAACCUAAAAGUAAGAAGUUGGUGGCGCGAGAACGAAACGACUAUUGUUGUAACAGUCAUCUCUAUAACUUUUCCUGUAUUCUUUGAGUUACUAGGAUUUUUAGAACAUUAUCACCCGAGAAAACAAUUGAGGCUGCAAUUAGCAAGGAUCAUGCUAUUAAAUCUCCUAAAUUUAUAUUCUCUCAUAUUCGCCUUAUUCAGCAAGAUUGAGGGUAUGAGCAAAGAUCUAGAUUUAUUAAAACCAACAUUGAGUUUGAAUGCUACAAUAAUUCCAAAUGAAACUCUAAAUCUUAGUGAAUCUUAUACUACAACUUUACCAGACUUUUGCAUCGAACAGAAAGUCUCAUGUGGACCUUGUGAUAUACAAAUAACAUUACCAAUCAAAUUAUCAGAUGGGAUCAUACUAAAAACAGGUUCUGCAUCAUUUCCAAAGAAAAUUGCCCCCAAAAUACUUUUAAGACGUCCACGCGACGAAGAAUUAUUUGAAUCCACAAGCAGUAGCACCGAAAAUUAUCUGGAAAACACUGACAGUACCACAUUGGAUAGUAUUUCUCUGGGGAUUAAAGAACUGGAACGAUUAAGAAAUAUACGAAUUCAACAACCAAUAGAUGUAAUAAAGGUAAAUGAAACUACAUCGGACCCAGAUGAUUACGAAUAUACAUUUUAUGAUACUGAAAGCACUACAGGAGCAGAAACUGACACGGAAAUACAAGAUUAUACAAAUUUUAUCUAUUCGAGUACAGUGACGGACUUUAAUACAUUAGAUUACACAACCACAGUAGAUAAUUAUAGUACUGACACUUCAACUGGUACAAAGAGUUCAGAAAUACCUUCUACUGUAAUUGAUAAUAUUAAUACAGAUACGACUACAGAUACUGAAACUACAUUCGCUGAUACAGAAUUCUAUUCAACUUUAAGCUUCCUCGAAACAGCAACAGAUAUGUUUGACUUCACUACAGAAAAAAAUUUUGAUUCCACUACAAAUGACAUAGUAGAUUCUACUACGUAUUCUAUAGAUACUACAACCAGUUUAGAUGUUACUCAAAGUACAUUAAAAUAUUCUAUAGACAACGACGUUAUAGAAACUUCUACUUCAUAUUCACCGCAACAUCAGAAGACUACGGAAGUUAAUAAUAAUGUAAAAAACUAUAGCAUCCCUACCAAAGUAACUACAGAACCGAGGACCACAACUGUGAAGCCAAAAACACCCACAACGAUCGCUUUUUGUCCUGACUUUACAUUCAAUUGUACAAUUAACUGUAAUGGGAAAAAUAUGAAACAAGUAUUCUUUAUGUCCAACUGCACCAUAGUAAAAAGAGUUUGUUAUGUUAAACUCUGCCCAUCAAAUGUUAAUGCAGCGGCUGAUGUGAAGAAUGGUACUAACGUCACAGCUAUCGAUGUGAUGUAUUACGACGACAAUCAAAGGAAAAUGUACAAUUUAUCAGUACCUACAAAGAAAAAGUUGUUAAAACUUUGCUGGGAAACCAUGUUUGGGCAGGAACUUGUGAAACUAACUAUGAUGGAUUUGGUCUUCGUUCUCCUUGGCACACUAUUCCUAGACUUUUUUCGUGCACUGUUUGUGCGUUACAUGAACCGUUGUUGGUGUUGGGACCUUGAAAAGAAGUUUCCAGAAUAUGGAGACUUCAAAAUUGCGGAGAAUAUUUUACACCUUAUCAAUAAUCAGGGAAUGGUAUGGAUGGGGAUGUUCUUCUCGCCAGGUCUCGUUGUGUUGAAUGUUGUCAAGUUAAUGAUCAUGAUGUACCUGCGGUCUUGGGCAGUUAUGACGUGCAAUAUACAAUUACGUCGUGAAAGAACUGAAGAACGUAGAAAGAUGUUCCAACUAGCCGACACUAGGAGAAGAGGUGGAUCGUCAUCUAUCGACAAUACGCCUUUUGCUAGAUGGAAGAAAGCAUUGCCAUCCUUACCAAUGAGCAAAUCAAUUGAUUCCGAUGAUCGGAAAACUUUGACCGAAGAGAUGAAUGAACCAAUUAAAGUUGCUAAGAAAAAAGGUGGCAUUUUUGCUAAAAUUGUCGGCAUGGCGCUUGAUAAAAAAAGUGAUGUAGAAGCCGUUUCAGAGGUCGAUUUUCCUUCACCCUCACCGAACAAUGUAGAUGAUGAAACUGACACUGACUUUCAUGAAACUCUACCGAGAGAAGUUUUAAAAAUCAAAGAUAUUUUUAUACAUAAACCGGAUAAGAAAGUAAAAAACAGCGUUGAAUUCAAAACAGAUGGUCCCAAAAAACAGAAAAUUAAUGAAAUAUUUAAUAAAGGUUUGAAAGUAAAACUGGAAAAAAUUGACGACCGAACAGAAAAAAAAGCUGUGAUCGAAAAGCAAAUCCAAGACGCAAAAGAAGCAACAAAACCCAAAAUUGUAAAAGAAGUGCCCAAAGAAAAGACCAAUGGUAAAAAAAUUCAUGAAAAACAAACAUCACAAUCAAGUACCCAAUCGAAACAGUCGGAUUCAAUAGGUUCUGUAAUCCCAGUAAUAACCAUAAGUACAACAGAAAGUGAUGAAGAGGUUUUAUCGCACAAAGACAAUAAUGAAAAAGGCGAUCAGAAAGUGAACGAUGACAGCAAGCCGAAAAAGCCCUCUGACCUUAAGUCACUCCGUCGGCAGAGUAGUGUUGAGAGCAUAAGUGAGAACAAACUGUCACACGACAAAAAGCAAGAUGGUCAUAAAUAUCAAUAUUCGCUGUAG